AUGCAGAAGAUCAGGGACGACGACGGUACCGGUGGAAAAGCUUCAUCACGGAAAAGCCUAAAGAUCUGUUGUUGUGUUCUUCUGCUUACCAUCGUCGUUCUUGUCAUCGUUUUUGUCUCUCUGUUCUUCACCGUCUUCAAGCCUAAAAACCCCAUACUCACUCCCUACCCUACAAAACUCCAAAACGUCCAUUUCCGGUUUGACCCAAACCCUUCAAUAAGCGCCACUCUCAACUUAAUCAUCAACGUCAAGAAUCCAAACCGUGGGGACUUCGAGUACCAGGGUGCCACGGCCAGUCUUGAUUACCGAGGCAUAUCUGUGGCCGGAAUCCCCGUCGAACACGACACCGUCCCGGGUCGAGGCGAGAUUAACGUCACCACUUAUGCUAACGUUACCGGCGACAAGAUCGCCGGAAAUCCUAGUUUCAUGGAGGAUAUGGCUGCUGGAAGCGUGAUGUUCACGUCGUCUGCGGCCUUGCCUGGAAAGGUAAAAGUGCUUAGGACCCUCAAGAUUCAUGCCACGGUUUUUAUGACUUGUGAUGUUUGUGUUUUCAUCAAUCAGUCGUAUUAUGUUCAGUCCACUUGUAACGCCAGAAUUAAAUUAUAA